AUGUGUCCAUCGCGCGCUCGAUCGACGGGACUGCCGCUGCCUCCCGCGGUGUCGUCCAUCCGCACGGAUAGAUCGAUUGGAUCUGUCCUCGACGACAUCAUGCACAGGACAGGAGUACGAGGAGCUGGAACGAUCGCCAAUGGCUUGAUGGACAUGGGCAAGGGGCCUUGUGAGCGGUGCCGACUCAACGAUGGUCUCUAUGAGAGACGAGUACGAGGUGACUGUGUUCUGAUCGAUACCGUCGAGUCCUCGUUGCUUGUCGAUGUCGGUGAGGCUUCGCAGCUAGCUUUCGCGGCACCAAUUUACUAUCCGGACGAAGAUUGA